CCCCUCCCUUGCUCUCAGAUCUUCUUCCAGAUCUUUGGUUUACGGUAGGAGAUCUCGGUAUCUCUCGUGUCCCUCUGAAAGAUCGGCGAGUCCAGUGAAUUAAUGAGUUCCCCAUCAUCAUUUUUGGUCCCCUCGUAUUACCCAUCUGGAAUUUGUUAGUUUUUGGUUCAAAAGUUUGGAUCUUGGAAACUGUCACGAGCUUUGCCCCGAUGGUUUUCUUGCUUUCCGGCAAGCACCGAUCUUUCCGAGUUUUAGGAGAGUCAAGCGAUCAAUUAUGGUGAGGGAACUCCGGGUCGAGUCCUUUUACUCGCGACUCCGUGACGCUGCCUUGGCCUCGUCUUCCUCCCCUCUGCUGAUAUUCCCAUCAGCAUCGGAUGCCGACUCCCUCUGCGCCCUCAAGAUUGUAACCCAUGUCCUCUCGUCUGAUUCCAUUCGUUACUCUGUGUACCCCGUCUCCUCCUUCAGUGACAUUGAAAAGGUUGGUGGCCUCAAUCUUCGCUCCUCCGAUCAGCCCAUCUCUCUGGUCCUCAUUAAUUGGGGCUGCCACCGCGACCUCCGCCAGAUCCUGAAUCUUGGAACCAAGGCUCGUGCCUUUGUCAUUGAUAGCCACCGGCCUAUCCACCUUCACAACCUCAGUGAGCAGAAUCAUCAGGUGGUUGUUCUCUUCACUCAGGAGGAUGAGCACCAGGCUGAUCUAGCUUAUGAUUUCGAUGUCUCUGCUCUGGCUAAUGCGUCUGAUCUGAACAGUGAUGAUGAGAUCGAUGAGAAUUCUGAUAGCGAAGAAGACAGUAAUAGUGAGAAUGAGGAGGAGGAAGAUGGAGGGAAUAGGAAACGACGGAGGGUCUCUCAAGGGUUGGAAGAAGAUCCAGUUAGGCUCUUUGGGAAGCUGAAAUCAGAGUACUACAAGUUAGGAACUUUCCAUGGAAGGCCUUCUGGUUGUCUGAUGUUUGAGUUAGCUCAUUCUAUAAGAAAGAACACCAAUGAAUUACUUUGGUUAGCUUGUGUCUCCCUCACUGAUCAGUUCGUACAUGAGAGGCUAACAAAUGAGAGGUAUCAAGCAGGAGUGAUGGAACUUGAACAGCAUAUAAACAGCUCGGGCAAUCUGGAUGCUAUCAGCUCAGUGACACUCAAGGAUGGUACAAAGAUCCAGGCACCAGAAAAUUCUCGAAUUGCCUAUGAAGAUGAACCACGGCUUAUGUUACUGAGGGAGUGGAACUUGUUUGAUUCGAUGCUUUGCUCUUCUUAUAUAGCUACCAAGUUGAAGACUUGGAGUGACAAUGGUUUGAAAAAGCUAAAGCUUCUUCUGGCCAGAAUGGGCUUCCCUCUAGUGGACUGCCAGAAGAAAUUUCAGUACAUGAGCAUGGAAGUGAAGCAGAAAAUGAAGGAUGAGUUUGACCGGUUCUUGCCUGAGUAUGGGCUAACAGAGUUCUACUACCGUAGCUUCUUGAGAAUACAUGGUUACUGCUCGAAAGUGUCAGCUGCUGAUGUAGUGUAUGGGGUCACAGCAUUGCUUGAAGCAUUUGUGAAAGAAAAGGAUUCUUCAGCUGCUGAGCAAUUUUGGGUUGCUUACUCUGCUUUGUCCUUGAACAAUAUUGAUCAGCUUAGAAAGGGAAUGCAGACUGCAAUUGAGAUACAGAGGGCCAUUCUUAGGCAAGGGAGCUCUGCAAUAACUAAAACUGGGUUCAUUAGAAGUGGCAGAAAAUUUCGCUGGGUAAAGCUUGAAGAUCCAGUGGACACCAGGCAGUUGGGUCAUCCUCAGGCUCUUACCAAGUUCUGCUAUUUUCUGAUGGAUGCUUUGAAGGAAAGAGGUGCAAAGAUGAAGCCUCUGAUAUGUGCUUGCUUGUCUAAAGAGCCUGACAAGGUUCUGAUUGUUGGUGUAUGUGGCAAGCCACGGCUUGGUGCUAUCCAGGGUAAUGCAUUUGGAAUGGCUUUUAGAAUGGCAGCUGAGGAAACUGGAGCGGAGUAUUUUCAUGAGUUGUUUGAGUCUUCUUGGAUAGUUUUGGAUACUGUGGCUGUAAGUUCUUUUAUGAUUAGAUUGACUGAGAAGCUCUGAUGUAAUACUACUCCAAUUUGUAGCAUGUUAUUGAUAUUAGAGGUCUAAUUGAAUAUCCAAUUCUUUUCUAUGUUGCGUUGAAA